GUAAAGCAGAUCAUGGAAGAAGCUGUCACCCGGAAAUUUGUCCAUGAAGACAGCAGUCACAUCAUCGCCUUAUGUGGACCUGAAAUCCAAGCAAUUAUCAGAGUCACCAAACGUCACGAUUGCCAGCCCCAAGCAAUGAAAAAUCAUGAGUCAGAAAUCUUUUCCUUCAUGGCCCUAAAUUACAAGACUGGAUUAAAGUUCAUGACAGGAAAAUAAAAUCAACUGAGGAAUAGAAAUGUAUUUCUUAAAUACAUUUCUUAUCCAGACAUUCUUAUCCAGUGGUAUGCUUCAAGAUGGCAAAGCUUUCAGAAGAAUAUCAAAUAUCCGCAGACUUGCAGUAAAAUCGUGGAAGGCGGCAAUGUGGGAAACUCUUCUUUGUUUUUAAGGUGUUGUGGAAGCGUGUCUCCUGCACAUGCUGAAGCGCAGGGCUGCUGGCUUCCUGCGGACUGACAAGGUGGCUGCACUGUUCACCAAAGUUGGCAAGACAUACGCAAUAGCUGGAGACAUAUGCAAGAAAGUGCAGGAGCUGCAGCAGCAGGUAGAAAGCAGGAAAAAUCAGCCAGAUGGGCAGGAACCCCUCAAGAGGCAGGGAUCAACCACAAGCAAAACACCUGUCUUGACACCUCAGGCCAUCAAACACAUAUGGGUUCGGACAGCAUUGAUUGAGAAAGUGCUCGACAAGAUUGUGCAGUAUAUCGUUGAUAACUGCAGUAAAUAUUAUGAAAAAGAAGCUUUACUGGCAGAUCCUGUUUGUGGUCCAAUACUGGCUUCUCUUCUAGUUGGACCAUGUGCUCUGGAGUACACCAAGCUAAAAACAGCAGAUCACUAUUGGACAGACCCUUCAGCAGAUGAGCUUGUUCAACGACACCGGAUUCAUGGAGUACACGGCCGCCAAGACUCUCCUUCGAAGCGCCCAGCCCUGGGAGUCCGGAAACGACAUUCAAGUGGGAGCACAUCAGAAGAUCGCUUUGCUGCUUCGGCGAGAGAGUAUGUGGAGUCUUUGCACCAGAAUUCCCGAACACACCUUUUGUAUGGAAAAAACAAUGUCUUAGUCCAGCCGAAAGAUGACUUGGAGGCAAUUCCUGGGUAUCUCUCCCUUCAUCAGUCAGCAGAUAGUUUGACAUUAAAAUGGACUCCAAAUCAGCUGAUGAAUGGAACCCUUGGAGAUUCAGAGCUGGAGAAAAGUGUUUACUGGGACUACGCAUUAAUAGUGCCACUCAGCCAGAUCGUCUGCAUUCACUGCCAUCAGCAACCAGAAAGCAGAUGGACAUUAGUCUUGGUGAGUCAGGAUGGAACUCAGAGACCUCCGCUGCACUUCCCCCAAGGAGGUCACCUCCUCGCGUUUCUCUCCUGUCUGGAAAAUGGUCUUCUGCCUCGUGGUCAGCUGGAACCACCACUUUGGUCCCAACAGGGCAAGGGUAAGGUAUUUCCAAAGCUUCGAAAACGGAACAGCAACAAAUCAGUGGACCUAGAGGAAAUGCCAGCUGAAGAUACUUCUACAGACUAUGUGUUCAGAAUUAUCUAUCCAGGACACAAGCAUGAUAACAUAACUAUUAACUACCACCACUUAGCUGCCAGCCGCUCUACCUCUGUUGACGAUGAUGAGGAGGAGGAAGAUAAGCUACACGCAAUGCUAUCAAUGAUCUGCUCUCGGAACCUCACAGCUCCUAAUAGGAUGAAAGACACCAGCGAAAUGAUAGAGAUGCAAGGCUUUGGGGCAAAUUUGCUUUCGUGGCAGCUGGAGCACUGCAGCCAAGGUUCCUCGUGUGUCUCCUGUUCAACAGGCAGCUCUCCCUAUGAUAUAUCCAGCUGUUGCAACUGCAUCCAUGAUAGAACUCCAUUAAAGAUGUUGUGUGAAAGCAUGAAGAGGCAAAUAGUUUCCAGAGCCUUUUAUGGAUGGCUUGCCUACUGCCGCCAUUUGUCAACAGUGCGAACGCAUCUGUCUGCCCUCGUGAACCACACUAUUAUCCCACCUGACAAACCAUCCAGUGCUGCAGGCGGCCUGACUAAAGAGGUCUGGAGCAAGUAUCAGAAGGACAAGAAGAAUUACAAGGAACUGGAAUUACUUAGAAGAGUUUACUACGGCGGGGUACAGCAUGAGAUUCGAAAGGAAGUAUGGCCAUUCUUGUUAGGUCACUAUAAAUUUGGCAUGGCUAAAAAGGAAAUGGACCAGGUGGAUGAAGACAUUGCUCUCCGGUAUCAGAAGGUCAUGGCUGAGUGGAAAGCCUGUGAAGUCAUUGUAAAGCAGCGAGAGAAAGAAUCACAUUCUGCUACGCUGGCCAAGUUUUCAUCAGGCAGCAGCAUUGACAGCCAUGUCCAGCGACUGAUUCACAGGGACUCUACCAUCAGCAACGAUGUCUUUAUAUCUGUAGAUGAAACGGACUCAGCGGAGCAGGACUCAAAAGGUCAGGACGACCCCACUUUCACCAUACUGUCUGCCGACACGCCAGCAGCAGUAGCUGCUGUAGAGCAACAGUCUGUGGAGUUUGACUCCCCUGACUCUGGGCUGCCGUCCUCGCGGAACUACUCUGUGGCCUCAGGCAUCCUGUCCAGUAUCGAUGACGGGCAGAGCGUCUCCUUUGAAGAUGGGGCUGAAGAAGAAGCUAGCACUGACUUGGAAAGGACUGAUUCAGACAUAUCACGUAUACAGAAAGCCAAGUCGGUUGUACUGCAGUCUCAGGAUUCUGUAUCAGAAGAGCAGCUGUGUUCCCAGGUGGAUUAUUUAAUGGAUGUUGCUUCUGUCUGCGCUGCAUCCUACACAAUAGAGUUAUUGGACACUGUUGCCUUAAAUUUGCACAGAAUUGAUAAAGAUGUCCAGAGAUGUGAUCGGAAUUACUGGUAUUUUACUGCUGAUAACCUGGAGAAACUCCGAAAUGUCAUGUGCAGUUAUGUUUGGGAGCACCUAGAAGUUGGUUACGUUCAAGGCAUGUGUGACCUCCUGGCUCCUUUGAUGGUUAUACUUGACAAUGAUCAACUGGCUUACAGCUGCUUCAGCCACCUGAUGAAGAGGAUGAGCCAGAACUUCCCCAAUGGAGGUGCUAUGGAUACGCACUUUGCCAACAUGCGGUCCCUAAUCCAAAUUCUAGACUCAGAGCUUUUUGAAUUGAUGCACCAGAACGGAGAUUACACGCACUUUUACUUCUGCUAUCGCUGGUUCCUGCUUGACUUUAAAAGAGAGUUGUUGUACGAGGAUGUAUUUACAGUGUGGGAAGUUAUUUGGGCAGCAAAGCACAUCUCUUCAGAACAUUUUGUCCUUUUCAUUGCCUUAGCACUUGUGGAAGUUUAUCGAGAGAUUAUCCGUGAUAACAACAUGGACUUCACUGAUAUCAUCAAGUUUUUUAAUGAAAUGGCAGAGCAUCAUAAUGCUGAGGAAAUUCUGAGGAUAGCAAGAGACCUUGUCUACAAAGUGCAGACACUGAUUGAAAAUAAGUGAUCAUGAACAGACUGUCAUUGUGGGCCUUGUUGUGAGCUAUUGGAUGGAGCGUUUCUUGCACUGUAACUUCAAAAUGGUGUUUUAAUUGCAUCUUCCAUGUAAUGUAAUAAAUAUCAAAGAGAUUUGUAACAGACUUUUAAAACCAGAACUUUUCCUUUACCAGAUAAGGUUUGUGUUUGAUAGUCCUUGUUACACUCACUUUGUAUUUCUAGACAAAAUCUUUUUGCAUUCUCUUAUUUCCCUCUCUAGAAGACCAUCUAUCUACAUAUUUGAGAUAUUAAAAAGGGGGGGAUUUGACAUACUAGAACAUUUAUAUUUUGACUUACUGCACCUUUAAAGCCUGGAUGCACAUUGUGUGCUCUGCCAGAACCUUCCAUGGAGGUAAGGCUGGUUCCAGUACUCACUAAAAAGUGUUGCAAGCAUUGAAUUGGGUCCUUGGUGGAGGACGUUUGUGGACUCAUUGUCUAUGCCUUGAACAUGGAAGAGAAUGUGUAUGAGCUCCUGUUGCUAAAACAUUUAGCAGGAUAUUUAGCAGCAAUUAAAGUAAAUAAAGUUACCAGCUGGGAGAAUAGCCUUAAACUAAAUAAUAGUUAAUAUGAACAGUGAAGAUGUGGCAACAUUAGCUAAAAACAUCAGUUAGCCUUUGCUGACUAGCUCAUGCUAUUGAGUCUUCAUGGCCUACACAUGCCACAGACAUGCCUUCAUUUUACUUUGCAAACUUACUCUGCAAAUAUUCCUAGAUGACAGGAUCUGCCUAAUGUAGUUCAGUUAACAAGUUUAGCACACAGAAACAGGUCCCCUGCUCAUGUUAGCAGCUCCCACGCUCUUUGCGUCUGUGCAGAGUGCCAUGAAGUUCAGAUCCUACAUCACAGAGCAGACACAGCAGAGCCUCGCCUCCUCCAGAUUACUCACUGCACACUACUAGCCUCCUCCUCCCUGCUCUGCAGAGCUUUCCAGGAGGACUUUCCUUGGGAUCCUGUGAACGCAAACCAGGCGCUCAUCUACUCAAGCAGGUAUCAGCACUUGCCUGAUGAAGCAGUUGAAAUCAUUGCCCAGGAUCCGAUCCACUUUGCUGCAGCACCAUGCUGUUUUGUAGAGCCGUCCAUGCGCCCCGGGGAAGUUCUGUGCCACUUCUUUUCCUGCUUGGCCGCAUGCUUUAACUAGCAGCAUAUGUUUCACCCCAUCCUGCAUAGAGAGCAGAGGUGACUGAGGGUUAGCUGGGCUUCUGCCCUGGAGCUGCAAAUAGGUCUGUUGCUGUCCUAGUACUUCAUCACACUGUAUAAAAUUAACACGUGUACUCUACCUACCUUCCCAGGGUGCGUGUUGUUUCCAAGUAAAGUGUAUCUCUGUCAGUGAGAGGGAGGGAGGAAGCAGGUUUUUGCUAAUGGGGUUAGCUGCAGAUUUCAUGGAUACUCGUGACCUGUGCUCCUAGGAAACCUAGGGACUUAGUGUAAGCACUGCAUGUAUUCCAAAGUAUUCCACCCUUUGCCAUUAGAACCUCAGCAAUUUUUAAA